AUGUCACAAAAUGUUUUAGACACUAAUACAUCUGUACCAUUGGAACCAAUGCAAGAUUUGCAACACUUGGGGAAUGAGGAGUUUCAAAAAGGUGUUGAUGUUGAAGAAGCUAGACGCCUUAUGCAACAGCAGCCAAGGACCACAAGUGACAAAAUCUUGCUUGUGCAGCAGAAACAAAUACAGUCACUAAUAAAAGGUGCUGGACCAGCCGAUACUGGCAAUGCUACCACUGUCGACUCUGAAAGUAACACGACAGCCUCAAAUACUUCUGAAUCCUCUAGUAACAUGACAACAGGAGCAGAGAUCAGUGAUACUAAUACUACUAGUCCCAUGAACUUUACUGAUACAAACAACAGUACUUCUAACAACACUACGUCGGAUACCAGUAGUGCCAACUCUACUGCAGACAAUAUCACCACUAACUCUAGUCUUGUUAAUACAAGUUCAGAUGAUAUAUUAGACACAAAUACAACACUAUCCGAUAAUUCUACUACAAUAUCGUCGGAUAAUAACUCAACAUUUUCGGGAAAUGAGACAUUUGUGGAUAACAAUACGACACUUUCAGAUAGCAACACAACCGUUGACGAUAACAAUGCAACGGUAUCCGAGAGUAAUACAACUCAAAUGGAUGGCAACACGACUGUUACAGAUUUUAAUUCAACGGGUUCAAUAAAUACUACGACGUCAGAAAAUAUUACCAGAGCAACCAAUAUGAGUACAUCAGAUGAUAUGUUUUUAACAAGUAAUAUCUCAAAGUCAGAAAAUAUGACAAACGCUGCUGGCGAUGAUUCUUUCUCCAUGAACGUGACGACAAACAAUGAAACAGACAUCGUUAUCGGGGGUGUCUUCAAUUCUUCGGUUUCGGAUGAUACAACGAGUACUGUUACAGCUGCUCCUGAAUCCGACAUUAUAACUUCCACUAUUGCCACUAGUACAGAAAUUCCUAUCUCACCAAAUAUGGAGGAAAAUCUCGGAUUGGAGCAAUCUCCCUUUGAUACCGGUAUGGGCGGAGGUCUGGAUCCUUUUGAUGAUCCUUUUGGCAAUCCAUUUGGCGAUGGACCUGAAGGGGAUCCUUUCGGAGAGGACAUUUUUGGCCCAGAACCAGCCCAAUUUGACUUAUGCACUGAACCCCCAUGUGAGCCCCCUGCUGAAGUAGUGACUACCCCAAAGCCUGUCACUCCUCCGCCACCCCCUCCCCCACCUCCCCCACCAGCCGCGGCAUCACAAGGUUUCGAUAUGUUGUUUAAUGACCAAGAAAAAUUUGAAUUAAAAAGACUCCCACAGAUUUCUUUACCUGUACCAAAGUCAAACGUUCCCUCGAGAAACAGACAAGACGCUUUUGAAAGAGAAAGGAAAACAAAAAUUGCCAGAAUUGAAAGACUACGAAAUUUAUUUAAGUCAUUUAAUGCCGGAGUACCAGCUUUUGGUGGUGUCAAUUUUUUUAAUCCCACAAAGGAAUUUGCAUCGAUUUCCCAGAAUACUGAAAAUCAGAUUAGUUCAACACAAAAUAAUAAUUUAAACCAGAGAGACCAAACUAAUCCAUUUCCAUCUAAUAACAAUCCAAUUCCAUUCAAUAACAAUCCAAUUCCAUCUAAUAACAAUCAAAUUCCAUCUAAUAACAACAUGUUUGUAUCAAAUGAAGUGCGUGAAAACAUUGCCAGUAAUAACAUUAAUAAUAUAAACAAAGGUAAUUCUGAUACAGGAAAAACGUCUGAAAACAGAAUUGAAAAACCUUCAAAACCUAAUAAUAUAUUCAAUCCCCCUACUUUUACCUAA